AUGACACUUUUCAUCCUUACCGAGACCAGUGCGGGCUAUGCCUUGCUUAAGGCAAAGGAUAAGAAGCUCCUCAAGCGAGAUGAUCUCGCUACAGAGACAGAGACGGCCGAAGGAAUAUCGAAUCUCUUUAAAUUGACAGCUUUUCUGGCAUCUGCUAUUUUAGAGAAAUGGACUAAUGACAAAUUUUCUUGCAGUAUGAAAUUGAAGAACUUCCAGAAAUUUGACAGUGCCACUACUGCUUUGGAAGAAGUUGCGUCAGUUAUCGAUGGAAAGGUCACACCGCGCCUGGCGAAUUUGCUCGAGACAAUCAAAGACGAAAAGAAAGUCUCUUUAGCAGUUGCCGACACCAAACUCGGUAUGUUUCCUUUCGCCUCCAGCCUGUAUAAUUGUUUAGACUGCGAUUCCCCUGCGCAAAUGUGUAAUCUUUGCGUCUUGCUGACGGUUGAUUCUCCCAUAGGCAACGCGAUUGGCAAGCUGCCUGGACUCUCCAUCCAGCCUAUUGCAGAUGGAACCACUGCUGAGCUUUACCGUGCCAUCAGGGCCCAUCUUCCCACUCUUAUUCCUGGAUUGGUUCCCUCUGAUAUCUCCACUAUGUCCUUGGGUCUAUCCCACUCUCUUGCUCGCCACAAGCUCAAAUUCUCCGCCGACAAGAUUGACACUAUGAUUGUUCAAGCAAUUUCUCUGCUUGAUGAUCUCGACAAGGAGCUCAACACAUAUGCCAUGCGUGUGAAGGAAUGGUACGGCUGGCAUUUCCCCGAGCUGGCCAAGAUCUUGAACGACAACAUGGCCUAUGCUAAGGUUGUCCUUAAGAUGGGUAUCCGUAGUGACUCCGAGACUACAGACCUUUCGGAAAUUCUGCCUGAGGAGCUUGAAACCGCCGUUAAAAUGGCCGCCAACAAGUCCAUGGGAACUGAGAUUAGCAAUGAGGAUCUUGAGAAUAUUCAAUCACUUGCUGAACAGGUUGUUGCGUUCUCCGAAUACCGCCAACAGCUUGCGAACUACCUCUCUGCUCGUAUGGCUGCCAUUGCUCCUAAUCUUACUGCCUUGGUUGGCGACCUGGUUGGUGCUCGAUUGAUUGCGCAUGCCGGUAGCUUGAUGAAUCUCUCUAAGAGUCCUGCAAGUACUAUCCAGAUCCUUGGUGCUGAGAAGGCCUUGUUCCGUGCUCUUAAGACCAAGCAUGACACCCCCAAAUACGGUUUGAUCUACCACGCUUCCCUCAUUGGCCAAGCCACUGGUAAGAACAAGGGUAAAAUGGCUCGAGUUCUGGCUGCCAAAGCUGCAAUUGGUCUCCGUGUUGACGCGUUGAGUGACUGGACUGCUGAUGCUGACGGCAACGAGCCCACCGAAGAAGAAAAGAGUGCCCUCGGUAUGGAAUCGAGGUACUACCUUGAGAAGAAACUUGCAUUCCUCGAAGGAAAGCCACUUAAAGCUAGGGGUGUGGCUAUUGCUCCAAACGGAGUUGAAUCUGCUGUUCCCAAGAAGUGGGAGGUCAAAGAAACUAAGAAGUACAACACAGACGCUGAUGCCCUGGCUGGCAACGAACCCGAGAAGAAGUCCAAAAAAGACAAGAAGGAUAAGAAGAGUAAACUGGUGGAGGAAGUUGAAGCUGAGGAUGAGGAAAUGAAGGAGGCUGAUCAAGAAGACGAGGAGGACGAAGGCGACUCAGAUGAAUCUGAGGAAGAGAAGCCCAAGAAGAAAUCUAAGAAGGAGAAGAAGUCAAAGAGAAGUGGUGACGACAACGUUGAAGAACUUGCUGAGAAGGCCGGCCUCAGUGUCAAGCGAUAUCUCCGAAAGCUUGAAAGAGGCGAGAUUUCUUUUGAUAAGGACGGCAACCCAACCGCUAUUAGCAAGAAGGAGCUGAAGAAAGCCAAGAAGGAAGCCAAAAAGGCUGAGAAAGAGGAAGGCAAGAAGAGAAAGCGCUCAGAAGUUGGCGAUGAUGCCGAAGAAUCCAAGGGUGAAAAGAAGAAGAAGAAGAAGAGCAAGGCCUAA